CAGCCUGCAGAGCGCCCUGAGUAUGACUCUGCCCCACUCCAGCAAGAGGCCCCAGCGCAAGUUCCGGGGUCCCCUGGUGAGAAUGUACCUCAGUUUCCAGCGAGUGAAGAGGCAGCAGCUCGACCUGGAAGUAACUAUCCAGCUCACUCCAAGCUGUCCAGUGUUACACUUAAACCUGUGGAUUUGGAACUUAUGGUCACUCCAGAGCCUGCUAAGGAAGGCGAGUUUACCGCAGCCCAGCAGGAGCCCCGGCCUCAGCCUCCUGAAUAUUCUGUGGAGGCAGAACCUUCUCCAACCCCGCAGGAUGCCACAGGUCAGCCUCCAGAGCCUCCUGAGGAAGCUGAGCCUUCUCCAGGUGAACAGGGACGACCGGCUCAGCCUUAUGAGCCUAAUGGGGAAGUUGUACCCUUCUCAACCCAGCAGGAGAGCCCAGCUCAGCCCACAGAGCAUCCUGAGGUGGUGAACCCAGCCACCCAGCAGGAGAGCCCAGCUCAGUCUCCAGCAGAGAUAGAGCCUUCCGCAACCCAGCAGGAAAGCACAGCUCAGCGUCCACAGUCUCCCGCUGAGGCCGAACCCUCUCCAGCUCAUUCUCAAGAUCAUGUGACAACAGCUUCUCCUCCAGGCCAGGAUCAAGCUCAGUCUCUGCAGUGGCCCAGUGUCACUGUUAAACCUGUGGACCUUGCACUCACCAUAACUUCAGGGCCCACAAGUGAAGCUGGACCUUCUCCGCCCCAACAGGAGGCCUCAUCUCAGUCUGCAGGGUCCCCUGAGCAGUUGGAACCGUUACUGGUCGAGCAGGAGGUUCCGGAACAGCCUCCAGCCCCCUCAGGAAAUGGUGAACCUUCUCCAGUCCAGCUUGAGCCCCCAACUCAGCCUCCAGAGACCUCUACAGCUGCCACAGCUCAACAUCCAGUACAUAAUGAGGUGACGUUCUCACCUGCAGGGCCAGGUGAAGCUCAGCAUCCAGUGAUGCCUAGUACCAUAGGCAAACCCCUGGAUCUCACAGUUGUCAUCACUCCAGAGCCUGCUAAGGAGGCUGAAAGUUCCCCAGAGCAGCAGGAGGGCUCUGCUCAUUUUCCCGUUUCCCCCGAGCAGGCUGAAAUUUCUCCAGUCCAGUCUAAGCCUCUUUCUCCGUCUCCGGAGCACCCUGGGAAGGUUGAAUCUCCCAGGACAACAAGAGGCCACAGCUCAGACUACAGGUCCCCCUGAGGGGGUGGGGCUUUCUUCGGUCCAGGAGGAAGCCCCGUCUCAACCUCCAGAGCCACCUAAGGAGGUUGAGAUGACAGUUGGAAGACCAGGACAGAAUCACGCUCAGCAUUCCAGCUCGCCCAGUGUCACUCAUAAAGCUUUGGACCUGGGGCUGACCGAGGCCUGGCUCAGACGCAGCAGCCUGAGGGCACCAGGGAGGCCCGGCUGCAGCAGGGGCGGUGGGGUCUGUCCUCUCCCACCCUCAUCUCAGCAUCAGGAAAAUCUGUUCACUGUAGACUGGAGGGACUAGGGGCUGGAGACGGGGGAGAGCCAUGAAAACAGCUCCUUCCUUAAAAGAAAGGGUGGACAAAUCACUCCAUCGUUACUCUUCGUGUCUAGGGAGACAGAGAGAUGGAAAGAGAGACCAGGGCUCAUCUCCAGCUAUUGACUCAGCGGUCUGACUGUCAGCAGUCAGAGAAGCCAAGGGGGAUGGUAUGUUUCUGGUACUGUCUGCCCAAAACCCACUGCAAGCCCCAUC